AUGUUUAUCACGCAGUCAGUCGUUCGCGGAGCGAUUGUAAUUCUUCAAGCUGUGGUCAUCAGGCAGCGCAAGUCGUUCAGACGAAAGGAUGGUACAUUCAUCUAUUUUGAAGAUAACGCAGGAGUGAUUGUGAAUAACAAAGGAGAAAUGAAGGGCUCGGCCAUCACAGGACCUGUUGCUAAGGAAUGCGCGGAUCUCUGGCCUAGGAUCGCUGCAAAUGCUGCUGAUCAGCGACCGACGACGACAUGGCAAUUCUUCCCUGAAGACUUGUUAUUUUCCCAUCUGCAUUUUAAUUUGCAACCUCGUGAACCACCAGCAUUUCCUCCGGCGGCUCAAGCGGCCUAA